CCAUAUGAAGUGAAAAAAAAAAAACCUCUUCAUCUCCAGUGCUAAAGCCCUGCCGGUUAUGUAACAGUUCUCACAAGCUCAAUAUCCAGAAAGGUGUGUCCAGAGCAACGUGUCAAUCAAAAAAUAAGCAAACAGCGUGCUGGAGGCUGAGUGAGAAUCAUUAGGAGAAAGAGAUGGAUGAGAGUAGAGGGAUGGCUGAGGGGCGGGACUGCAGCAUGACUUGAAAAUGCUGCAGCAUCCGGCCAUCCCUCCUCUUCCUCCUCCUCCUCCUCCUCCUCCUCCUCCUCCUCUCUCCAUCUCGUGCGUACCCGUCGUUUCCUCCACCGUCUCUCUCUCAGUCUGCGUGCUGUAGCCUUGCUGUACAGUCCUCUGAAACCUUCUGUUGUGCAGCACCAAAGGGAGGAGGAGCCACCGGCACUAGCAUACACACUCACUCGCACAGACCAACACUCUCCUGACAUCCCUCCUGCAAAUCCACUGUAAGCACCAGUCAGCCAGCCAGGCCCGUUUGGAGCAGGGGAGCCCAGCCGUCUCGUCACCCAAGAUGGAUGUACUGAUGAAGGGGUUUUCCAUGGCCAAGGAGGGAGUGGUGGCCGCCGCAGAGAAGACCAAAGCAGGCAUGGAGGAGGCAGCAGCCAAGACCAAGGAAGGGGUGAUGUAUGUAGGCAAUAAGACAAAGGAGGGAGUUGUGUCAUCAGUAAACACAGUGGCCAACAGGACCGUGGACCAGACCAACAUCGUGGGAGACGCAGGGGUUGCCGGAACCAACGAGGUGUUACAGGCGGGUGGGGAGGGCGUAGAGAACGUCGCUGCAUCAACCGGGUUGAUCAACCAGGAGGAGCCUGUAUACGAGGGAGAGUAUGGAGGGAUGGAACAGGGUGGCCAAGGAGGAGAGGGGUAUUAGUUGUCUUCAGGACCCCCCCCACCCGCCUCCAGUCUUCUCCAGCAGCCCCCCCGGCCCCCUUCCCCUUGCAGACUCCAGAUGUUCAACAUAUUUUUUUGUGACUCUACGGAACCAAAUCAACUAAAACAGACUCUUCCAGAUGCAGCACCUCAGCCCCUGUAUCCCCCCCCCUCCUCCUCACACACCCCUGCCUCCCAACCCCACCCCACCCCC